AUGACGUUCGAGGGCAUUUCUGUGAUAAAUGGAAUACGAUUUCAAGUAUUUGACGUGUUACACGAAGGAGACUGUUUGUUUGAAGCCUUUUCGUAUGCUCUGCUUGAAUCUACGAGUGCGGCUGCUCAACUUCGUCGAGAAUGUGUGCUUCAGAUGGAAAGCAUGUGGGAUACUUUAGGCAUGGAUACUGACGAUGGCUCUUUUAAGCCUUAUGAAUCUUAUGCAUCUUAUGCAACAUCAAUGGGAAAGAAUGGUACAUACGCCGGACCUGCUGAAAUACAGGCACUUGCUAUUUUGUACAAUUGUCGCGUGCGCAUUUUUCAAGGUGAUCACCUCUUCGACACGUCAAACCCAGGUGGACUCGAACAAGUUGAUUUGUUGUUCAUAAGAGAAGGAGUCCACUACAAGUGUCUCAAAGAAGUGUUUGAAGAAAGUCCCCCUGAGAAUAAUGUCAUCGACAAUUCUGUGGAUGAAGAUGUGCACUUUGCGUUUCCUGAGGUUAAUUAUGAUUGGCAUGCACCACGUCCUUUGUUUGAUGUCCUGCCUCACAAUUAUGAAGAUGACAUGUUUGUUGAUGAUUUGCCUACAUCUUUCCCUAUUUUUUCGUCACUGCGACGUGUUCAUCCGACUAGGGAGCCUCCUGCUGUGAUGAACAAACGGAGUACUCUGAAGCUAUGUUCUACAAUUGGAGAUCAUUUCCAAUGGGCUUGUUUGUAUAAUGGAGACACUGUGCAUGGGGUUCGGCAGGUUUCUAUGGGACCUUUCACAUCAAGUUGUUCUGAUUGUAAUGCAACAUUCUGGGAGGCGGAGCGUCUUGUUGCGGAUCAAGACACGCCAGCCUGGUGUUGUGGCAGAGAAAUGAAGACUGGCCUGGCAAACUCCGCUUGCUUUAAGAAGAUAUCUGACCCCAUUAUAAGAGAGUGGUACACUGGAAAUUCUCCUGAUGCCAUGGAAUUUCAAGAACACAUCCGAGAGUACAACCACGCCCUAAGUAUUGCAGUACCAGUCACGAACUAUUCCUCUCGCAAUCUAAGGACUGGACGAGUUUUGUGUUUGAAUGGAAGAGUUACUUUCGAGUGCGAUGCAAGUGUCACUUCUGAUCUGCAAAUGGGUCAGUUGUAUUUCGCUUCUAUGUCUAGAGAUAUCACUACUGAAAGAGUCUUGAGAAGUGAACAACGACUCCAAUCUCACAUCCUAGACAGACUUGAAAGAUAUCUUAGGCAUCACAACGAUCUUGUUAGAACGUUUGAACUGGCAGGAAGACUGCAGGACUCACAUCCAACUUCUCGAGUAACGCUUGCAAUUAACCCACAUUCAUCUGGUUUCAGAGUCACCGACAGAGAAUUCAUUGACACUGAUAGGACAGCUCAUCGACCAACUGGAAGUAAUUUCAUUGCAGCAGUUUACAUAGGAAACAGACUGAGUUACAAUUAUGAUGUUGCACUGUUUCCAAGAGGCGGUGAUGCUGUCCCUGUAUUUACUGUUCAUGAAAUGAGUCCAUCACUUGACACUAUGCUCUAUCCACUUAUACACCUUCAUGCUGAGGAUCCCUGGUGGCUGGUAGAUGCAGCCACCAAAAUAGAGGACAAUAAUCUGAAUUAUGCAGAGAAUCAGAAUGAAGAGCUGCAAGUUUGCCAACUUGAUUCACUUAAAAGGUUUGUUGAGUCUGAGGCAGAAGAGCAGGGAAAACGACCAGGAAGGGUUAUUAUUAUUCCUAAAAACAUUCAAACCAGUGAGAGGAAUAUGUACAACAGUUACAUGGAUUCAAUCUGUAUCUCCAUAAACACCGAUCCGCCGUCUUUGCUUCUCACAUUUACCACGAAUCCAAGAUGGGCUGAGAUUCUUGAAAUUCUUCAAAAAAGAGGUCUAGGAAGUGACGAGUACGUCAAUGCAGCUGAUGCUGUUGUUCGGACAUACCUCGGAAGACUCGGGAUAUGUCUCGGUGAUGUGUUUCAUAGAGGAGUGCUUGGGCGGGUCCUCGGGUAUUCUGGGGUGCAUGAAUUUACGUCCACCUUUCUUCCGCACUUUCAUUGUGCCGUCAUUCUUGACCCAGCGGAUGUACCCAGAACACCAGAAGAAGUUGAUGCGUUUGUUACUGCAGAAAUUCCAUCAAAGGAGGACGACACUGACGGAUUUUAUUAUGUGAUGACUCACAUGAUUCAUCGACCUUGUGAUGGUUCAUCUCCUGGGUUCACGAACCCAAUGUGUAGGCCCAACGGUGUGCCUUGUACGUCUGGUUUCCCGUUCGCAUUCAGAGACCGCACUUUGGUAACGAACCGGGGACCUCUGCUACGUAGAAGAGAAACAGCUCCUGUCUACUCUGAAAAAUGGAAAUGCAUGGUCGAUAACAGAUGGGUCAUUCCAUGCAACAUUCGUCUUGGUAUCAGGCACGGCAACCACCUCAACAUCAUGCUGUGUGGUGAAAAUCUCUGUUACAAGUAUUUGUACGGUUAUUUUACAAAAGAGAGCAGGGGGCAGUGUGUGCAAGGGGGAAUGCUCAAAUACUUUAACGAACAAAAUGAUGGAAAUGAAAUGAAUUGGGAUGAGAUAAGCCACUUUAAGGACUUAAGAGUGAUUGGACCGUAUGAAGCCGUAUUUAAGAUACUAGGAGUGCCUAUUGUCAAGAUGAGCCACAAAGUGGAGGCUCUGCCAGUUCAUUUGCCUGGAAAGGAAUACCAAUAUUACAGAGGCAAUCCACGCACUGCAUUUGAAAAUCCUAAGUCUUCAAAGCUUCUCCAAUGGUUCGAGUUGAAUACAAGAGAUCCAGCAGCCAAUCAACUUUUCUAUGCAGAAGUUGUUAACAGUUACAGAUGGGAAAAAGGUGAUUGGGUGACUAAAACGAGAGGGAAUACACUUGGUCGACUCAUGCACGUCAACCCCUCCCCAAGAAAUAUGGAACUGUUCUUCUUACGGCUUUUGCUCUUGAACAGACCUGGUAUGAAGUCGUUCGAAGACAUUCUUACAGUAAAUGGAACGCUGCAUCCAACCUUCAGGUCCGCCUGUCAAGCCAUGGGCCUUGAUGAUAGCGAAUCAAUGGACUAUAGCUCUGCAUUGUUAGAGGUUGCAACACAUGGAGCUCCAUACCAGAUCCGUGCAUUCUUUGCAACAAUCGUUGCCGCAUGUUCAGCGAAUGAUCCUGAACCUCUGUGGAUACAGUACAGAGAUGCCAUGAGUGAUGACUAUCUACGUAGUGGAUGUGGACGAAGGGAGGCGAUAAUAAGGGCACGACGAGAUGUCUUGAAAAGGAUGGAAGAAAUACUUGGAAAUGUUCCAGCAACCGUUCAGAUCCCAGAACACGAAAGCGACGAGAGCUGUCCUGUUUUUAAUGAGAUUGGCAAUAUUCAAUUCGGAGUUCCGGUCAGAGACGAUUCUUCUUGUGAUGAAGACGGAGAGCCUGGAGAUGACGAAUAUUUAGAUGACAUUCCACGUCAAGCAAGACAACAAGACGGCGUAGAUGCUGAUGUUAACUAUGGAGUCUUGUUUGAUGAUUAUUAUUCCAAGUAUACGACCGAACAGCUGCUGGUUCAUGAUACAGUCAUGGAGACUGUUGAGAACAACAACAAUUCGAGGAACAACUUCUUCUCUCUUGUCGCACCAGCUGGUUGUGGAAAAACCUUUCUGUACCAGGGUCUUGCUCUUGACUGUCGAAGAAAGGGAAUCCCGUUUGUUUCGUCUGCUAUGACUGCUCUUGCUGCACUCUUGUUGGAUUCUGGAGACACCUGUCACAAGACAUUUGGGAUCCCCAUACGGGCACGUCAGGAUGGAAACGAUAGAUCAUUCAUUGAAGGUUGUUCCCCCGAAGCUGAGACUUUAAGGUCUGCCAAGCUCAUUCUCAUUGAUGAAGUAUCCAUGAUGUCCAAGUGGCAGGUCACACUGAUCGACCAUCUUUUAAGGGACCUGAUGAACAAUAGAAGUUUUGUCUUCGGAGGAAAAGUGGUAAUACUUGGAGGGGACAUGGGGCAGAUUCUGCCUGUCCUGAGAAAUGCAUCAACAUCUGAGAUCAUUGCAAAUUCAAUGCCUCGUUGGGAACAUUGGGCUGAUCGCAAUGAGAUGAAACUUACUAGGAAUAUGCGUGCUGAGCAUGAUCUUGAGUUUGCUGAUUGGAUAAUGACAGUCAGAGAUGGCAGUGCUAAUAUUCCUGGUACUGACUACAUUCGAGUUCCGAACUACAUGCUUGUUGGAGCAUCUAGAUCUACUACAGGUGUCACAGAGGCGGAUCAAAGGAGUGUUUAUGCUACAACGCGUGACGAGUACAAUGCGGUGUAUCCUGAUACAACAGUUAACACACUCAGGACUGGGAUCAUUGUCACACCCACCAACGCAGAGACGAGGUUCAACAAUAAUAUUGUAGUCCAGCGCAUCGCUGGAAUGGACAGCAAUUAUGUUGCAAAAACAUCCGUGGUGUAUCAAGAUGUAGGUCGGUUAAAUAACUUACAACCUGGUAAAUUUCUUAUGACCACGGAGGAACUGGAAAAGCUCCAGGCUGCAAAUUUGCCCCCUCAUCAUCUUAAACUGAAAGUUGGGUGCGUUGUUAUGCUCCUGAUCAAUUUGGAUAAGAAAAAUGGACUUUGCAAUGGAGCCAGAUUUCUGGUCAAACAGAUGUUAACACACGCCAUCGUCUUAGAGAAACUGAAUCCAUCACACGGAGGCGAGUCUGUUUUCUUCCUGCCUAGAAUGCGAAUGAGGUCUGAUGAUGUGCCGAUCGCAGGAUGUAUAGAAAGGUUCCAGUUUCCCAUAACGCUGGCCUUUGCAGUGACCAUCAACAAGAGUCAAGGCCAGUCUUUUGAGCGGGUUGGUCUCUUUUUAAGAAGACCUGUGUUCAGUCACGGACAAUUUUACGUAGCUGUCGGUAGGGCCAAGCGGAAGAAGGACGUAUCGAUUGUAGUCAUGCGAGGUCCCUUGCAAGGAAGUAAGGAUAAGGGUGGUGAUCUCAGGAAAGUUGAUGUGCGCACCAAAAACAUUGUGCAUCGAGACUUGUUGCGAUAG